AUGAACGAAAGUCUUAGGGGACUGGAACAGCUUGAGGUCACAAGAGAAGCAUCAGCUAAUAAAAGUGCUAAUGCCUGUUUCACAGAGUUUGAUGAAGAACAUGAUUCACAGGAGCUGAGGAUUGUGCUGCUGGGAGUCUCUGGAGCUGGAAAGAGUUCAACAGCAAAUGCAAUACUGGGUCGAGAGGCAUUUAAAGAGAGCAGAACCAGAGAGAGUGAGAAACAGAGAGGAAGAGUAGAAGACAGAAACAUCUCCAUCAUCGACACGCCAGGAUUCUUCAACACUCAACUGACCGAUGAAGAGAUGAAGAAUGAGAUGAUGAAGAGUAUGUGCCUCUGUUAUCCUGGUCCUCAUCUGUUCCUGCUCGUCAUCAACCUGGAGACCUUCAGAGAGGAGCAGAGGAACCUCGUGGAACAAGUUCAGGAGAACUUUGGAGAAGAAGCUUUUUUGUUCACAAUGAUGUUGUUUAUUGGACGAGAAAAGGUAUCCAAAAGAGAAUUUAAUCAAAUAAUUGAAAGUCAAGAAACACAAAGAAUCCUGAACUACUUUGAGGGAAGGUUUCAUGUGAUAAACAGCAAAAGUGAAUGUGAUUCCAGCCAGAUCAUAAAGCUCCUGAAGAGUAUUGAUGAAAUGGUGAAGAAUAAUGGAGGACAACACUACAGCAAUGAGAUCUACCUGAAGAAUCAGAGAAAACUCAGAGAGGAGGAGAGAAUGAAACAAGUAGAAAAGAGACUAAAGCAAGAAGAAGAGAGAAUGAAACAAGAGCAGGUGAGGAAAGGACACAUGGAGUUGAAGAAAAUACAGGAAGAUAGCGAGACAUGGAAGCAGAAG